AUGGGUGCUAAGGAGGAGGUACAGGUCACAUUAGCAGGGGGAGCACCCUGGGGCUUCCGGCUUCAGGGGGGGGCUGAACAGAAGAAACCUUUACAGGUAUCCAAGAUCCGAAGACGGAGCCAGGCCGGAAGAGCAGGACUCCGAGAGAGGGACCAGCUCUUGGCGAUCAAUGGAGUUUCUUGCACAAACUUCUCCCAUGCCAGUGCCAUGACCCUCAUCGAUGCCUCAGGACAUCAACUCGUCCUCACUGUUAGGAGGGUAGCAGAUGAAGGGUCUGUGAGAUCUCCAUCUCCAGGGGAGCUUCAGGUGCUGUCACCCCUAUCUCCGCUGAGUCCAGAGCCCCCAGGUGCUCCUGCUCCCCAGGCUUUUCAGCCUGGGAGCCUUCGUUCACCUCCUGACAGUGAAGCUUACUAUGGAGAGACAGACAGUGAUGUUGAUGGCCCUGCCACACAGGAGAAACCCCGCCGAACCCGCCGCCGAGGUCCCACAAGGCCCAUCCCUCCAGGAGCCACACCUGAUGAGGUGUACCUGUCUGACAGUCCUGCAGAACCAGUACCUGCUAAAACUGGCUCUCCCAGCCAGGGUGACAGCCGUGUGAGCUCCCCAUCUUGGGAGGAAGGAACAGCCCUUCAGCCACCACCUGCGGAAGCACUUCUGCUACCCCAUGGUCCACUCCGGCCUGGUCCUCAUCUCAUCCCUAUGGUGGGUCCUGUCCCUCACCCAGUGGGAGAAGAUCUUACUGCCACCUACACCCAAAAGGCCAAACAAGCCAAACUGCAACGGGCAGAAAGUCUCCAGGAGAAGAGCGUGAAGGAGGCCAAGACCAAAUGCCGGACCAUUGCAUCCCUGCUAACAGCAGCCCCCAACCCUCACUCCAAGGGGGUGCUCAUGUUUAAGAAACGGCGGCAGAGAGCCAAAAAGUACACCCUAGUGAGUUUCGGGGCUGCAGCUGGGACAGGAACAGAGGAGGAGGACGGCCUCCCCCCAACGAGUGAGUCGGAGCUGGACGAAGAGGCCUUCUCAGACGCCCGCAGCCUUACUAAUCAGUCCGACUGGGACAGCCCUUAUCUGGACAUGGAGCUGGCCAUGGCUGGCUCAGGAACAACAGAGAGCUCCGGCCAGGGAGGGCAGUUGAGCGAGGUCUCUGGGCGAGGGGUCCAGCUCUUUGAACAGCAGCGCCAACGGGCAGCCUCUUGCACCCAGGAUUUGGCUCAGGUGAGCCCAGCAGCCAUGCUAAAUGGGCAGGGUCUGCAGUCACCACCUCGAGCUCAGAGUGCUCCCCCAGAGGCAGCUGUGCUCCCACUCAGCCCUUUGCCGGCCCCUGCAGUCAGCCCUAGCCCCUUCUUGCCGGAUGGUGGAGCCCCCAGCCCAGCGCCAAGUAUCUUUAACAGGUCAGCGAGGCCUUUUACCCCAGGUUUACAAGGACAAAGGUCAGGUACCACCUCAGUGAUUUUCAGACCUUUAGCCCCUAAGAGGGUGAACGAAGGCCUGGGAGCCACCAACCCCGCCCCGUCCCCCUUCACAGCCCCUCUGCAGGGGCCCACCCCUCUGCCCAGCUUCAUCACAGGAAUGCCUGGCCACACACCCGUCUCCGGGGCUCCCAGCACCUCACGCUCCUGCGGUCCCGUAACCGCUACUAGCUCCCUGUACAUCCCAGCCCCGAGCCGGCCCGUUACACCGGGAGGCGCCCCAGAGCCUCCCGCUUCUGCUAGCGCAGCUGCCAUGACCUCCACCGCUUCCAUCUUCUUGUCGGCGCCUCUGAGAAGCUCUGUGCGCCUGGAGGCGCCUGGCCCCGCGGCCCCCGGGUCUGCCAGCGCUCGGGAGCAGCGCAUCUCUGUGCCAGCUGCCCGCACUGGCAUCCUGCAGGAGGCCCGGCGCCGGGGCACCCGGAAGCAGAUGUUCCGACCUGGAAAGGAAGAGCCGAAGAACUCGCCCAACCCCGAGCUGCUAUCGCUGGUGCAGAACCUGGAUGAAAAACCUCGGGCGGGUGGUGUGGAAUCUGGUACGGAGGAGGAUGCUUUAAGCCUUGGAGCUGAAGCCUGUAACUUCAUGCAGCCACUAGGGGGCAAGAGUUACAAGACCUUGUCUCAAGUGCCACCGAAAAUCCCGCCUCCAAUGGCUCCCAAAACUCCACCUCCUACAACUCCUAAGACUCCACCCCCUGUGGCUCCUAAACCCGCCUCUCAAGGGCUCCUUGACGGGCUAGUGAAUGGGUCGACCCCUCUGGCUGGAAUCCCGGAGCUCCCAAGGCUGCAGGGGAGGGGUGGGGAGCUAUUUGCCAAGCGGCAGAGCCGUGCCGACAGGUACGUGGUGGAGGCUACACCUGGCGGUAGCCUUAACCCUGGCCUUCGCCCUAGAAGUCCUUCUCCCACGCCUUCACUGCCCCCAUCGUGGAAAUACUCACCUAACAUCCGUGCCCCACCCCCUAUUGCUUACAACCCACUACUCUCACCUUUUUUCCCCCAAGCUGCCCGAACUCUCUCCAAUAAGGCCCAAUCCCAGGGUCCUCGGGCGACCCCCAAACAGGGUAUCAAGGCCCUGGAUUUCAUGCGGCAUCAGCCAUACCAACUCAAAACUGCAAUGUUCUGUUUUGAUGAGGUUCCUUCAACUUCUGGCCCCAUUUCAGGGCCUCCCAAAACUGCCCGAGUCCAGGAGAUCCGCAGAUUUUCCACUCCGGCACCCCAGCCCACUGCAGAACCCUUGGUUCCCACUGUUCUUGCCCCCAGAGCGGCUACCACAUUGGAUGAACCAAUUUGGAGAGCAGAGCUGGCCUCACCCCCUGUCACUAACCCAGACCAUCCUCAAGAGUCUCCCAGGAGCUUUGCUGCCACCCCCAGCUCCUGUGGUUUCCAAGUAGCUAGGCCCCGGUUCUCAGCCACCAGAACAGGGUUGCAGGCUCAUGUGUGGAGGCCUGGGGCAGGGCAUCAGUGAACAGGGAAGAGGCCCCAGGACCAAGUAAUGGAACUUAGAGUCCCAGACAUUUCUUCCGCUUUGUACUACCGGCUUUUUAUCCCUGCCUCGCCUCUUGCCAGAGAUAGUGUUCCCCUUCAGUUUCUCAAUUCUGUGCUGCUUGCUGCUUUUUAACCUGUUAUCUUUGCUUUGGUAUCUUCUCUAUAUUUCCCUGGCUCAAUCUCUGGCUUCUCCACCCAGAGGUCUCAGCAGUUUCUCCCCCCACCCCCCCAUUUGUGUUUCUGUCUGUGGCAGCACUUUAGUGUUAGGCAAAAAGAGCACUGUAAAUGACCAUUGAGAUCUCAGGCAAAAAGCUCACCACUAGGCAAGCAACUGAACCUUGUCCUGAGCCCCUCCACACUCCUCACUCCGCGUAUGUGUGUAUGUGUGUGUGUGUGCUCAUACUUUUGCAAAUGUGUGUGGCUAAGAUCUGCUCUGGAAAGGCAUGAAUUAACCAUAUAUGUGAGCUUCUCUUGAGGCAAAGAUAAGAGGGGAGUUCUUUUCCUUCUUCUAGAAGGGCCAGAGAGCUCCACAGGGAUCUUGUGAGGGACAAGAGCUUAACUGCAGAAAAACUCCUGAGAGAGGAUGUCUGUAGCAGGGACACAGCAUUGUGAUGUUAACGAGUCUGACAAGUUUCAUGGGUCUGAGUUAUACAAGCUAGACCUGGAAUAAAACUAAGAAUUCUAUUUCUUUGGAGUUCCGGAAGUUAGCAAGCGGGGUCCUGUGCUGAGCAAGUAGUAUCCAGAAAGUAGAGCUUUUCUUCUGAACCGCUGAAGACAGAAAAGAGGUGAACAGAGAGAGAGUGCAUGGGGAGAGUGAGGCAAAAGCCAGGAGCAGGGCUGAAAUGAGUGAUGUGACCAAGAGGGAGACCAGCUAUGUGUAAGGGAGUAUAGGGGGACAGGCUGAGCUCAGGAGAAUGCAAGCAUUUGCCAGAGCAACAGUGUGAGGUGUGGGCCGAAUGUUAGAGCUGGUGGCUGUGCUACCUCCUGUGAAUCUGACCUUCCAUGGCUGCCGCUUCUCCUGACUAUCUGGGAAAGGCAGGGAGACACUGGGCCCAGACCUCUUUUUUGGCCUACCCUACCCACAGAAGCCCAGCUUUUGUUCCUGUUCCGCUUCAGGUCCUAAUUUCUGGUCCUAGAAGGGUAAGGACUCUCCUUCCAUGAAGACCACCACCAGCCACGCCUGCCUCGAAGUCGACCUUUUCCUUUCCAAUAUUGGGCACCACAAUUCUUUGGUUUGUGCACAAGAAUAAAACA